AACUGAACCCCUCAAUUGUUGAGUUGAAUCAGCACAAACAUUUCCAAAUUGAAUUCUCCCCAAAAACCACCUCUCCACCACCUAAUUCGUUUCUCACCAUCCGGCGGCGCGUGUCGUCAACGAGCCAUCGUGAAAAUGGGCCAAACCACCUCCUCCUACGGCUAUUCCUCCGGUGGCUCGGCCUAUAUGGCCGAUCUCAGCCUCUCCCCUCACCACCACCGCAGCUCCUCCCCCGAUUCCGCUCCGCCUCCUCCCGACGCUGAUUCCUCGAAUCAGGAACCGGACUACACGUCCGAGAUCCCCGAUGAAUGCCUAGCCCUAAUCUUCCAAUGCCUGAGCUCCGGCGACCGGAAGAGGAGCUCUCUCGUCUGCCGCCGAUGGCUCGCCGUGGACGGCCAGAGCCGCCACCGCCUCUCCCUCAACGCCUCCGCCGAUUCCGCGCCCUUCCUUCCCUCGAUUUUCACCCGCUUUGAUUCAGUCACCAAACUCGCCCUCCGUUGCGACCGCAAAUCCACCAGCAUAAACGACGCCGCGUUGGCGUUGAUCUCUCAACGCUGCCAUAGCCUCACACGCAUCAAGCUCCGCGGAUGCCGCGAAAUCACCGAUCUAGGUAUGUUGGCUUUGGCUCAAAAUUGCAAAAAUCUGCGUAAAUUCUCCUGUAGCUCGUGUUCGUUCGGUGUUAAGGGUAUGAAUGCGCUGUUGAAUAAUUGCUCUUCCCUAGAAGAGCUCUCUGUUAGUCGAUUACGGGGAAUCGACAACGGCUUCCCCGCCGAGUCGAUUGGCCCUGGGAUUGCCAGUUCUAGGCUUAGGUCAAUCACGCUUAAGGAGCUCUAUAACGGCCAAUGUUUCUCGCCUUUGGUAAUUGAAUCGAAGAAUUUGAAAAGUUUGAAGAUUAUUAGGUGUUUGGGGGAUUGGGAUAGAUUGCUUGAGGCGGUGGCGGGGAGGAAGAAUUGUUUAACGGAGGUUCAUUUGGAGAGGCUGCAGGUGAGCGACGCCGGAUUGAUGGCCAUCUCUAAGUGCCCUGAUUUGGAGAAUUUUCACCUGGUUAAGACCCCUGAUUGCUCCGAUGAUGGGAUCUCUGCCAUUUCUGAGAAGUGUAAGCUUUUGAGGAAGCUCCAUAUUGAUGGCUGGAGAACUAAUAGGAUAGGUGAUGAGGGAUUGAUUGCUAUUGCCAAGAAUAGCAAGAAUCUCGUGGAGUUGGUGCUUAUUGGGGUGAAUCCAACGACGGCGAGUUUGUCAGCAGUGGCCUCAAAUUGCCUCAACUUGGAGAGAUUAGCUCUGUGUGGGAGUGAUACCAUUGGAGAUGCUGAGAUUUCAUGCGUUGCUGCAAAAUGCAAUUCGUUGAGGAAACUCUGCAUAAAGGGUUGUCGUAUUACUGAUUCUGGGAUUGAGGCAUUUGCUACUGGCUGCCCAAAUCUGGUGAAGAUCAAGGUCAAGAAGUGUAGAGGAGUGUCGAGAGUGGUUGUGGAUCAGCUCAGGGCGAGGAGGGAGUCGUUGGCUGUGAAUUUAGACGUGGACGAGGUUGAGCUUCCGAGCAUAGAUUGGAACACAAGCAAUGCAGGUCUACAGGAGGUGGAGUAUAGAGGGGAGUUGGCACAAGAAACUACUCAUGACCAUGGACACGAUAGUGAAGGAUCAACGAGUAAUGGAGCCCGAUCAUCCAAUAAGUCGAGGUUCAGCCUCUUGGCUGGAAGAACUAUUGCUGCCUGUGCUUUCCAGAGGUUAGUAAACGGUAAUGGUAGUUCAAAUGAUAGCACAUGAUUGAGUUGUGUAGGGGCAUAGCAUUGCAGAGUUUUGUAUCUGUGUAACCUGCUACUCUAUUGUAUGGUGACUUGAUAUCCUUUUUUCCUGUAGAAAUUUCCAAUGAACUCAAUGUCUUCUGCCUGCUUUUAAAUAUACCAUGAAUUUUCCUCA